AUGGAAGUCCAAACAACGGUCGAUAAUGAAAGUCUUGCGUUCAAAAAGUUGUCUCACUCUCAAUGGACUGAUUACUUCGUCUCUUUUCCCAUUGAUGAUUCGGAACUUGACGCGAUUACAAGAGAGAUUGACAUACUCAAGCCUGAAGUUAGGGAGCUCUUAUCUUCCCAAGGUGACAAUGAAACAUCCAAGAGCAAAGUGCUUUUGAUCCAAUUGCUUCUUAGCCUUGGUCUUGCUUUUCAUUUUGAAAAUGAGAUUGAAAAUAUACUAGAAGAUGUUUUUCAAAGGAUUGAAGAUAUGUUUGGUGAUGAAAGGGACUUGUCUACAGUUUCGAUCAUGUUCUGCGUUUUUAGAACAUACGGACACAAUUUAUCAUCAAAUGUAUUCAAGAGAUUUAUAGGGGAUGAUGGGAAGUUUGAGAAAUCUCUUAUAGGAGAUACCAAAGGUAUAAUGAACUUGUAUGAAGCUGCUCACUUGGGAACAACGAAAGACUAUGUAUUGGACGAAGCAUUGAAGUUCACAUCAAACCAUUUGAAGUCUCUAUUGGCAGGUGGAACAUGCCAACCUCAUAUCACAAAGCUUAUAAGAAACAUGCUUUAUCUACCUCAACGUUGGAAUAUGGAAGCACUAAUUGCUAGAGAGUACAUUUCCUUCUACGAACAAGAAAAAGAUCAUGAUAAGACGCUACUCAGAUUAGCCAAGCUCAAUUUCAAGUUAUUGCAGCUGCAUUACAUCAAAGAACUCAAAACGUUUAUCAAAUGGUGGAUAGAGCUAGACCUAACAUCUAAGUGGCCAAGUCAAUUUAGAGAGAGGAUCGUGGAGGCUUGGCUAGCAGGAUUGAUGAUGUAUUACGAACCACAGUUUUCAGGUGGACGGGUCAUUGCCGCUAAGUUUAACUAUCUCCUUACCAUUAUAGAUGACGCUUGUGAUCACUACUUGACCAUUCCUGAUAUUACAAGACUUGUAGGUUGUGUGGAAAGAUGGAGUCCUGAUGGCAUUGACACACUACAAGAUAUAUCGCGAAUUAUCUUCAAACUUGCGCUGGAUGUUUUUGAAGAUAUCGAAAGAGGAGUGAGGUCUGAAGGAUGCUCCUACCAUUCGAAGGAGAUGUUAGAAGAGUUCAAGAUACUCGUUAGGUCAAACCUUGAUCUUGUCAAAUGGGCACAAGGAGAAGAAGUGCCUAGCUUUGAAGAACAUGUAGAGGUUGGUGGGAUAGCACUUACCACAUAUGCAACGUUAAUGUAUUCUUUUGUCGGAAUGGGAGAGACUGUCGGGAAAGAAGCUUACGAGUGGGUAAGAUCAAGACCAAGCCUAAUCAAAUCUCUUGCAGCAAAGGGUCGUCUUAUGGACGACAUAACUGAUUUUGAGAACGACAUGAGUAAUGGGUUUGCUGCGAAUGCGAUCAACUAUUAUAUGAAGCAAUUUGUAGUUACCAAGGAAGAAGCUAUUCUUGGGUGUGAAAGAAUGAUCGUAAACAUAAAUAAGACCAUAAAUGAGGAGCUACUGAAGACAACAUGCGUGCCACGUCGAGUUCUCAAGCAAGCACACAAUUUCGAACGAUUACUUGAACUCCUCUACACCAAAUCUGAUGAUAUUUACAAUUGUAGUGAAGGGAAACUCAAGGAUUAUAUCAUUACUCUGCUUAUAGAUCCAAUACGUCUCUGAAGAC